AUGGACCAAAGAUGUUUCGCCAUUCUGUGUCACCUACUGAGGACCAUUGCUGAAUUAACGUCGACGGAAGUCGUCGAUGUUGAGGAGAUGGUAGCAAUGUUCCUCCACAUUCUUGCGCACGACGUAAAAAAUCGUGUCAUUCAACGAGAGUUCAUGCGGUCGGGUGAGAUAAUUUUCCGUCAUUUCAACAUGGUCUUGUUGGACGUCAUUCGACUUCAUGAGGAGCUUUUGAAAAAACCACAACCAAAUUGCCUAGGUGCAUUAGAUGGAACGUAUAUAAAAGUCAACGUUCCAGCAAGUGACUGGGCUAGGUAUAGAACACGCAAGGGGGAGGUAGCCACAAAUGUACUUGGCGUGUGUGACACGAAAGGAGAUUUCAUUUACGUACUUACCGGUUGGGAAGAAUCAGAUGUAGACUCACUCAUCCUCCAUGAUGCCCUUUCAAGACCUAAUGGCCUGAAGGUGCCCAAGGGCUAUUACUACCUGGUUGAUGCCGGGUACCCAAAUGCGGAGGGUUUCCUGGCACCAUACAGAGGCCAACGCUACCACUUGCAAGAAUGA